GGCCGUCGUUCAACGCUCCAUUGUCCGUGGAUUGGUGCAGCAGCGCGGGCGGAUUCCUCCAUGGGCUCGGUCUUCGAGGCUCGCGGACAGCGAAUGUCGUCAUGAGCGAACAACAGGACAGUAUGGCCACCACUGUUGCUGUCAGUCCCAGUGAAUACCUUCAGCCUUCCACCGCUUCCGCACAAGACACCCAGCCCUCUCCUCUGGCUCUCUUGGCUGCCACCUGUAGUAAAAUCGGCCCUCCUGCUGCUCAGGCUCCUGUCACCUCUCCUCCAGCGCAGCCGCAGCCUCGCAGGCUCCUCCCUAUAAAGCCAGCUCCAAUCGCCCCCGCACCGCCCAAAAACCUGGGUUUCCUGUCAGCCAAGGGCAAUGUGAUCCAGCUCCCUGCUGGCCUGGGCUCCACGGCCCCUGGCAGUCCCAUAGUCCUCACAAUCCAGCAGAGCCCGGCCCGUACCAACACCUCUGCCCCCGCCAACAUCCAGUACCAGAUGGUGCCGCAGAUCCAGGGCGCCCAGACUAUCCAGGUGAUGCCACAGGGAGGUCAGAUCCAGCUCAUACCAGGCACCAACCAGGCCAUCAUCACCACUCCCAUGACCGUACCGGCCCCUGCGGCCGCCACUACUCCUGUCACGCCGCAGAAGACUGUAGCCAUCAAGCCCUCCCCCAAGUCACGCAAGCCAAACAACUCUGCUGCAAACAUGGUGCAGCUGCCCGGUGGGCUCACGCUGCCGCUCAACGUGGCGACCGGAGAGGUGGGCGGGACUCAAAUCAUCACAGAGACGGCAGCUGCCCCUCCCAUUCCAGGAAAAGGACGACGAGGGAGGAAGAAGAAAGUGGUUCUGGCUGCUUAUCCUCCGCCUCUUCCUCCUGCACAGGCUGCCUCCCCACCCCCAGAGCAGAUGGAGACCAUCCUGAUAGAAGCUGGCGACAACAUCAUUCAGGCAGGUAACAACCUACUGAUCGUGCAGAGUCCCGGGCAGCCAGCUAUGGUGCAGCAGGUCCAACUGGUCCAGUCCAAACCGGAGUCUCAGCUGGUUCAGAUCCCCCAGCAGGCCUUGAAGGUGGUGCAGGCCGCCUCCGCAACAUUGCCGCCCGUCCCACAGAGACAGUCAGUCCCCUCCAGCCUGCAGGUCACUCAGACAGACCCAACACCAACACAGAUCCUCUUCAAAACAGCAUCGGGUGAGUGGCAGUCUGUUCAGCUCCAGGACUCGGUCUCCACGACAACGACCCCCACCACUUCGGUCACCACCACCACCACGUCGCCGCCGACCGGCACCAAGAGGUCAUUGGCGGGGGGACGGAAGGAGCGGACUCUAGCAAAAAUUGCUCCGGCGGGGGGAAUGAUAGCGUUGAAUACGUCGCAGCUCUCCUCAGCAGCUCAGGCAGUGCAGACGAUCAGCAUCAACGGGGUCCAAGUUCAGGGAGUUCCUGUCACCAUCACCAAUGCAGGGGGCCAGCAGCAUCUAACGGUGCAGACGAUGCAGGGCGGAGGGCUCCAGCUGGCAACAACGCAGGGCCAGCCGGCCAUCCAGGUAGACCAGACCCUCACCCUGGAGCUGCCCGGCCAGCCAGGAGAAAAGAAGCGGCGCAUGGCCUGCACCUGCCCCAACUGUAAAGACGCAGACAAGAGGCCCGGGGAGGUGGGGAAGAGGAAGCACAUCUGCCACGUCCCCGGCUGUGAGAAGACGUUCAGGAAAACAUCGCUGCUCAGAGCUCACGUCAGGCUGCACACUGGCGAAAGGCCCUUCGUCUGCAACUGGGUUUUCUGUGGGAAACGUUUCACGCGCAGCGACGAGCUGCAGCGGCACGCCAGGACGCACACAGGAGACAAGCGCUUCGAGUGCAGCCAGUGUCAGAAACGCUUCAUGAGGAGUGACCACCUGACGAAGCAUUACAAGACUCACAUAAACACCAAGAACCUGUGAGCUGCCUGUAUACUGAGUGUAUACGCAGACUAACUCUCUUAAACUAAAGACUGUAUUAGAGGAAGGAGGGCCGGAGGAGACGAUACCAAGGGAGUGUCUGUGACUUAUCCCAUUAUGGGAAAUACUCCCAAAAGUCCCUGUAUCCCCUCUCACUCCUCUAGGACACUGUAGUGUGGUGUACAAAGAAAUCCUUCCUGGUGGACUUCAUGAUCCAGCAAAUUUAUUAAUAAUAGUUUAUCUUUUUUCCUUUAUCUCUGAGCGGAGACCAGAACCAGCUCCGACUGAACGCGUAAGAUGACGAGUUGGCGAGGCUUCAGAUGCAGAUGCUUAACUCUGCUUGCUUAUUUAUGAACUUCUCUGGGGCAAGAACAUACACAGAAUUAUUCAGACGCCAAAACCAAGACGACAGGACUCCAGUCACAGUUUCCCUCUCUUUUGUUUUUCUUCCCCCAAAUCCUGCUUGGUUUUCAAUUUGUUUGUUGUGGAACAUUGGGAGCUCCCAGAAAUUGGCUAUCAAGCACCAAAAAUGGAAAAAAUUCAAUACCACGUUUUGUAAAUUUAACAGAAAUUUGUUUUACUUCAGUGGAAUGGUAAUUUUGGGUUUCAGUAGGAGUCCCUGCUGCUUUAAAACCUGUAUUCCCCAAAAAGUUGGGGACCAUUACAUAAAACUUCCCUCACAAGACUUUUGAAAACCUUUUAGAAGUUUACAUCGGCUGUUUUUAAAGUGUGUAUAUGCAUACUAUUAUACAUAAUAUUAAUAAUGAUAAUAAACUAUUUAUAACAUUUUUCCAUACAAUUGUUACAAAUUAAUUUACAAAGUCAGUAUGUAGUUAAACUUGACAUGAACAAGGAAACAGACAAAAUGAGACUAAGUUUAAAAACAAGAGGCUUAAAAUCUUACAGCAGAAAUACAGAGAGGCUGUAAAAAGAACAUUUUAUCAUAUGCACAAGUUUGCUUUGAUGGUACUGAUGGAGCUCUUCCAGCAGAGCGAUCCAAGACCUGGCAUCUCUGAUGGCAAAGUUUGAGAUGCAGUCAUUUAGCUGCCAAGACUUCAGAACAAAAGAGCAGCACUUCAGGCUGAGCUCAGGCCUGGAAGGGGUUUAAUAUGCAGUUCAGGGCCUGAAGUCACUGUGCCUUAAAAGUUGUCAUUAAAAUCAAUUUCCAAACAAACUGGAAAAAAGUGAAGAGCAGUGAAGAUCCUGACUCCUGCUGGAAAAUAUACAUACAGUGGUCUAAAUGCUACAAGAUAAAAGUAUGGACAAAUUUCAAGGUCAGCAAACAUUACAAAAGACAUUUUCUUGGAAAUACAGUUUGCUUAAACUGAGAGAAGCAACCCUGAACAUCUUUGAUAAAUAAAACAAGUUUGAAUUGAGUGUCACAGUCAAACUUGGUAAAGCUUAGUAAGGUUUCAAAUAUUGUCUCGUGUCUGGUUGAUGGAGUUUUGGGGGCAGGGGAAGCAAUAUCGAGACAGUUUUUAAUCAACAUUAAGGAAAUUUGGACAUUCUGAAAGGACAUCAAUGAGGCUUUUGAAGGGACUUGAAUCUCCCAUUUUGAGUUGUACAUCAAAUGCUCAUACUGUCAAAAUAACUGUUAUGCUUAGACGCAGUGUCACAAAGUGCAAACAUGUAAUUGGAGAAUAAUAGAGGACCCAGGAUUGAUCCUUGUGGAACACCAGAUGUGAGAGCUUUUAAGAUCGACCCGCCCUACCAAAUUUUCUGAGUGAUCAGGCAGUAUGUUGUGAUCAUAUAUACUUUCAUAUGAUUAUAUGACCCAUACAUAACAUCUCAGAUGUGUGGAGGAUUCUAAUGCCUGACAGAAAUUCUUCGGAAAUGUUCAGAAAAUGUGAGUUUACGGACAGUUUUGUAAUUAAUGAGAGUGAGUUUUUUCUGUUGAGGUUUGACAGUUAAGUCUCUUUUAUUAAUGAGUCAUGUUUCAUAGAUGAAACGUUUGUGGCAGACUGUACCAAUAACCUGUCCAAGCAGGUUUGUUGGGAUAAUGUCCACGGAUAAUGAUGAUUUCACAUAUGAAUCUAUGUAUACUUCCUACAAUUCUCUACCUUUGGAGAAGUACUGCAAAAACUUUCAACUUUCUGGAGAACUUCCUGUGUUGUCAAGAGCAACUGGGCGAGUCCAAGAGUUUUUUUUUAAUUUGAGAAGUAAGGUCAAAGAGGUCUCUUGAGUCUCCAGGUGCUAAGGAUUUAAUUCAGUGAAAUAUUAGUGAUAAGAGGAGUCGAUCACCCAGGUGAUAAACCCGCUCACACCAGGUCGCUACAUGUUUGGUUAUCCAUCUUGGAUACCACAACAGUUACGCUUACGUCUAGGGCUGGGUAUCGAACUUCAAUACUUUUUGGUACUGACCAGUACUGAAAUGUGUCCUUAGCACUGAGUAUCAAGUAUUGAGAGUUGGAAAUGUUUGGCCAGAUUCAUCCUGUUUACUUGUUCUUUUAUCACAUAGUUCCUGAUUUUUAGAUUUUGUAGUUUUAGACAUUUUUCUGUUUAGGUAAAGUUCUUGAAUGGCUGCGUGUGUUUAGACAACAUUUAACUUUAACAUCAACUUAACAACUUCUCCUUUUGUUAACUGAAAACUCUUUUUUUUAACCUGAUAGGUUUGGGUUUUUACUAUGGCAUAUAUUUGAGAAAAACAUGUUUAUACUUUGCAAAGUAAGGUGUCAAAAAAAAAGUAAGAAUUUGGUACCUGUACCAAACGAUACCCAGCCCUACUUACACUGUGUGUACUGAUAAAUAACAACAACUAAAUUCCAGGGUAACUCUGCUAUUCUGCUUUACUUAGGGUAUUAUUUUGAUUUGAUGAUUUGUAGCCUAUGCAUUGCUGUAUAUAUGAUCAGAUUUCCAAUUAUUUGGCCUGACAUGACAAUCACGUCUCGAGAUGAAGAAAAAAACCUUUCUCAGGCCUUCGAUAAAUUACUUUGUACAUGAUUUUUUUCCAGCUAUGUGAUAGCUUUAAUUCUGAAUUAACACUUGAGAUGUUUUUGUUGAUAUACAGAUGACCAGCAUUAGGCCUACUGUACAGUGUUCACACAAGUUACUUUAAUAUCUUUUGCUUUACAGAAAACAUACUGUUGCUCAUAUUGUUUUUUGAUGUAAUGAAGAUGUACUGACCUUUUUGUUAACAGGUCAUCAGUCAGUUCGAAGUCUGAACUUGUAUGGGAGUUCCUUUCAUUUAAGAAAAACACCGACUUAUUGUCAAAUAAGCUUUUUGGUCAAAUGAGCGUGGUGCCAUCAGACAGCAGGUAGCGGCUUCACCUCUGUGUUGAGUUUUCACUGUGGCGUGUUUUAAUGCUGUGACGUAUGUGUUUAAUGGAUGGUGCUGCCUUGCUAAACAUUAUCCAACAACAACAACUUCUCUGUACACAACAGAAAUUUGACCAAAAAGCUAUAGUCAGAUUUAUUUUUAAAGCACUUUGAACCAGUUUUCCUCAAAGUGCUUCACAGCGGCAACAGAUAACGUAAAGCUUAGGUGGCCAAUAUUUGGUGUAUUUUUUCAAGAAUAUGUCGGAAGACAUGCGAUGCCAUUGGGAUGGAUAGACAGAGCCUGCUCAUAUUUAUGUUUGUAUUUCAUGUCUGAAUAUGUAAAUACAGUGUGUGUCUGGUAGACGCACUGUAGACACAAAUGUAGGAUAUUAGAAAACAAAAGUUAAGCUGCCUAGUGUUGUGGUUGGCACGGCCAGCCCCGAAGGAAAUGGACUUUGUACAGUGUGUAAGGAAUAAAAUAUAAUGUGACAUUGUAUAGCUUCAUUCCUGCUUUGUAUAAGACUUCUAGAUCUUUUUUCUAUUGAAUUAAAGAUGCCUUAGACAGCUGCUCCCAGUAUUUAAAGAUGUUUUUUUUUCUGUCUAAUUCCAGGUAACAUUUGUAAAGUUCCUUUUGUGUUUUUAACUUAUGUUACAUGCUAAUGUAAUGUGCACUGAUUAAAAUCCCAGGUUCCAAAAUGUGUAAAUUUAAUCUUGAUUGUAAUUAAAUAUAAUGAGAUUUUCCAAAUUAAGACAUUUCUGUUGCUUGGUUUCUGUGAAUUAAAUGCUUUUCCUUCUCCAAGCCUACAUGUCAUAUAAUGUUCUGCAGCCAAUUCCUGUGUUUAUCAGGAGAACCCAGAGAACCAGCAAUUCAUUUUAUAACUUGUAUAAAGGUGCUGAAACAUAAAGUUUGCUCCUUUUCUACAGUCACCCCCCUCAAUAAAGAACUCAAACUGC